AUGGAAGAAAAUGAUAAAUUAAUUCUAUUGAUUCCCGAACUAACCAAUCACGAACAAAUAAUCGACGAUUUUGAGACGGAGUCAAGUGAUAUUUCGCAAACAUACGAUUUCGAAAAUACUGAAAACGAUGAAAUAGAUGGAACUAAUAUAAAAAGUUAUAAACUGUUAAAUGAAUUCCUUCGGCGCAUUCACCCAAUUGUGAGGAAAAGCAACAUGACAUUCAGUCGGAUGUUCAUUGGAAACAUCUGCCGAUUUGGUGCUGAUGUGCGAUAUUGGCCAGAAGACACUUUCAGUGUGUUUUUCGAUCGCAAUCGUUUACAGUCAGUGAUCAACUCGUUUUUGAGAGUGAAGGAGAUUGACAGAAACAUUGUUAAAAGUGCCGAGUUAGUGACAAAGGCGCGGAGGUUUCUUUAUAAACUGCAAACAGCCGACAUGGUUAUCAUCCCAUCUAUCGACGAGAAGUGGUGUGAUGGCCUUUUUGAAGACAAGGCAAAGUGUGAGAAGGCAAGAGAGUGGUCGUUCAUUAAUGAUAUGAGAUUGUUGUCGUCUGUGUGUAUGUACGGGGCUGGCGUGUGUCAUUUGUAUCUCAAUGAUGAGGUGCUUAACACCACACUUACUGUUCAGUUCAAUUUGGAUACCACAAGUGAAAAGGUGGCAUUCAUGGCAAGACGACUUGCUCUUCUUGGCGACAAGUUGUGA